ACCCGCACCACACCGUGUGCCCCGAGUGGAGCGGGCUCAGAACCCCGCGCCCCGCCUGGGAGAGCGCUCAGGGACGUUCUGGCGACACGGCUUUCCGCACCACAUUAGCCAGCCUGAGAGCGGUGAUGGCCCCUGGGUCUGGAGUAUCUGAGUGACAGGACGCAGGCGCCUCUCUUAAGCCCUGGGCUGGGAGGCAACCAACUGAUGGCUUCGUGACUGAGGACAAGUUUCCUACAGGCCCUCCUCAUUGAGCAGUAGAACUCCCACCAGAAGCCCAGUGUGAGGACAGAGAUGGCGCUGAGCCUGGAGUCUACAACCAGCUUUCCCAUGCUGGCCAUGUCAGGAGACACUGUGUCUGAGUUGCCUGGUGGCCCCAAUGUGUCCCUCAACAAUUCCUGGACUGGCCUAACAGAUCGUAGCUCCCUGCAAGACCUGGUGGUCACAAGUGCUAUUGGGGCAGUGCUCUCAACCAUGGGCAUGGUGGGCAUGGUGGGAAAUGUAUACACUCUGGUAGUCAUGUGCCGAUUCCUGCAUGCCUCAGCCUCCAUGUAUGUUUAUGUGGUCAACCUAGCACUGGCUGACCUGCUGUACCUGUUGAGCAUUCCCUUCAUUGUGGCCACAUAUGUCACUAAGGACUGGCACUUUGGAGAUGUGGGCUGCCGUGUUCUCUUUAGCCUGGACUUUCUGACCAUGCAUGCCAGCAUCUUCACUCUGACCAUAAUGAGCAGCGAGCGCUAUGCAGCAGUACUAAGGCCUCUGGAUACGGUACAGCGCUCCAAGGGUUACCGUAAGCUGCUGGCACUGGGCACCUGGUUGCUGGCACUGCUGCUGACCUUACCCAUGAUGCUUGCCAUCCAACUGGUUCAUAGGGGCCCCAAGAGCCUCUGCCUGCCAGCCUGGAGCCCUCAUGCCCACCGUAUCUACCUGACACUGCUCUUCGGUACCAGUAUUGUGGGGCCUGGCCUGGUCAUUGGGCUUCUCUAUGUUCGCCUGGCCAGGGCUUACUGGCUAUCUCAGCAAGUCUCUUUCAAGCAGACGCGCCGGCUGCCCAACCCCAGGGUGCUCUACCUCAUCUUUGGCAUUGUCCUUCUCUUCUGGGCCUGCUUCCUACCCUUCUGGCUAUGGCAAUUGAUGGCCCAGUACCACGAGGCCAUGCCACUGGCACCCCAGACUGCACGCAUUGUCAACUACCUGACCACUUGCCUCACUUAUGGCAACAGUUGCAUCAAUCCCUUCCUCUACACACUGCUCACCAAGAACUAUCGUGAGUACCUUCGUGGCCGCCAGCGGUCACUGGGUAGUAGCUGCCGUGGCCCAGGGAGUGCAGGCAGCUUCCUGCCCAGCAGAGUCCACCUGCAGCAGAACUCAGGCUGCUCACUGUCCUCCAGCAGCCAGCAGACCACAGAGACCCUCAUGCUGUCCCCAGUUCCCCCUAGUGGGGCCUUUGUCUGAAAGUCCCUGUUUGAGCCUGGGGGUAGGAAAGGCCAAAGCCAGGCCACUCAGGAGCCCAUUCCCGGAACUCCCUAUUCAAACCUAACCAUCUUGUCUGUCUUCCUCAACUCUCUUCUGGAACGUUCCCUGUUCUUCUUUCAUUGUUGCUCACUUCAACUCUAUCAGCACCUUUCCUGCAAUGCCAACACACUUCUCCUUUGAACCUAUCUCUCAGAACCUUAAGAAGCUGUGGCCCAGACCCUCUUCUGAAGACCCUAGUGAGUUGAGUCAUCUAAAGCCUACUUACUCAGAGUAGCUGUGCCAGGCUGGGAACCUGAUCUGGAGAUGUUAGCCCUUCCAGCCUUGAGGACCUGCCCCCACUGGUGGGUAAGGGGUCUGUAGCCAAUCUCUACCCUCUCCCUCUCCUAACCCCAACCCAUGGUAGCUUCUUGUUUCCAUAUGCACACAGAACAAUAAACCCUGUGCUCUGCAGUCUGUCCUGCCUUGGUGCUGGGGAAUGGAAGGCGGGAGGGGGUGGUC